AUGUCCUGUGCUCUCUGCCAAGUUGCCUUCCAUGAAGUCAAAGAACAACGAGAACACGCCAAAUCGGAUCACCACCGGUACAAUUUGAAGGCGAGACUACGGGGGACAGCCACACUUAAUGAGACAGAGUUUAAUAAGGCGAUUGGAGAUCUGGAUGAAUCCAUAUCUGGCUCGGACUCUGAGUCUGAUGAUGACGAGGAGAGCGGGCAGCAAACACCCGAUACCACCCUGACGGCACUAUUGAAAAAACAGGCAAAGAUAAGCUCGCCGGUGCCGUUUGAUGACAGUUCAAAUUCAAGUAGAAAGGGCCGUGGAGGCAAAGAGCCGUUAUUAUGGUUUACUAGCCCCCUACUUGACGCAAAUACCUCACUGGGAGUAUAUCGAGCUCUGUUUACAAACGAAGAGCAGACAGAGCCAAACUAUUUGGUUGAUUCUCUAAGGGCAAAACAAAAGAAGCCUCAUGUUAUACAGAGGGCUAAAGAUACCUCGGAGACAGCUUCCAGCACAUCCAAGGCCACAAAUGAUUCACCCCCUGAACACAUAUUCCUAUGUAUGAUCGGUGGCGGCCACUUCGCCGCCAUGGUGGUAGCUCUGGCACCUGAAGUUCAGAAGCGCUCUGGAGUGGAAGAAAGACAGGCACGCGUGCUUGCACAUAAAACAUUCCAUCGAUAUACCACAAGACGAAAACAAGGAGGUGGCCAGGCGGCUCAUGAUGCGGCUGGAGGAGCCGCUCACUCCGCGGGUGCUACAUUGCGGCGAUAUAAUGAAGCAGCCUUGGAAAGUGAAAUCAGACAGUUACUGAAGAGCUGGAAGGAUAUGAUUGACGAUGCACAGUUACUUUUUAUUCGAGCUGCUGGGUCUACCAACCGCAGAAUAUUGUAUGGACCAUAUGAGGGGCAGGUUUUGAAGCAUACGGACCCCAGAAUACGCGUGUUCCCCUUUAGCACACGCCGAGCUACCCAGGCAGAGCUAAUGAGGGCAUUUACGGAACUUACUCGCGUCAAGGUCAGCCAUAUCGACGAGGCUGCACUUGCUGCAGAAGAAGCGAAACGGGACGCAGCCUCCAAGUCCCCCAAGUCUGCGGCUCAAACACAACCUCAGAAGCCUAAAAUAUCCAAAGAAGAUGAGGCCGCGAUGCUUCACACAUCUCAGAUUCAAGCUCUCAUUCGACGUUCAAAGGUUCCUGCACUGCUGUCGUACAUUUCAAGCAAUUCAAUACCACAAGAUUUCCGAUUCUAUCCGGCCAACUCGGCACAAAAUUACCACGCGUCAACCCCUCUACAUCUUGCUGCAAGCUCCAAUUCACCAGCCAUCGUCAGCGCGCUGCUAACGAAGGUACGGGUGGAUCCAACCCAGCUGAAUGACGAUGGGAAACCGCCGUUUGAUCUAGCUGGAAACCGCAUAACUCGAGAUGCAUUCAGGGUUGCGCGACACGAGCUUGGUGAAGAGGCUUGGGAUUGGGAAGCCGCCCAUGUACCCUCUGCAAUGUCCAAGCAGGAGAGUGACAGCCGAGAAGAAGCGGAGAAAAGGACGAUACAGGAAGCUGAAAACAAAAGACGAACAGAAGAAGUUGAACGCCUGAGGAAAGAGGAAACCCCUUCGAUUGGGGGAAGAACCGGGCUUCUCGCCAAACAAUUGCCGCUAUCCAGCAGAAGACCGGUGCUGAGAAACGAGAAGAAGAGACUAGAGGAAUGA